AUGCGAGGGGAACUCUUCGGCUUGGGAAGUCCGACCCUGCUCUUUUUAGCACACCCAGCCCCCCGCCAUUGUCACAACGCAAAGUUCAGCUCCCACCUACACCACACCCAGCUCCAUCGCCGUUUCUUUCCGCCACGAUCGCCGCGAAUCCCGCCACCUUUCACGUCCGAUCCGCCUUUCUCCGCUCCAUAUUUCGCCGCGUUCCUCGCCGACAUGGGUGCUGCUCACAAGAUCGCGGCUCAUGGUGUGGCUGUCGCCAAGAAGGGCGGCCCGAGCGUCAUUUUCGAAAUCGCUGCUGGCCUCACCCUCGGCGUCGGAGGCGCGUCCCUGUGGAAGAUGAAUCACAUCAACGAGAAGCGCAAGACGGAGGAGCUUAACGCGUAUGACACCGGUUGUGAGGCCCACAUGGAGCCGAUUGAACCAUGUUGGGCUGGCUGA